AUGUCAAAACAACCAUCACAACAACAACAACAUUACCAACAUCAACAACAAAGACAACAAAAAAAUAUUACCAACUCAUCCCUGCCAGUAUCAGAUAAACAAUCUCAUGAUUCUCAACAAUUAUUAUUAGCUCAUUUAUAUAAUUAUUUCAAAACUAAUGGAUUAGAAGAAACUGCUCAAACAUUAUUAACAGAAUGUAAUAAUACCAUUCCUAAAUCAACUACAACUUCUUAUGGUUAUUCAUUAGAAAAUAGUGGUCUUGAUUAUAAAAAUACUUUUUUAGAUGAAUGGUGGGGGUUAUUAUGGUCAAUUCAAUCUUCAAUUAAUCCUAAUUUAAAUCAAUUGACAAAUCCAUCAGGGAUAUUAACUCCUCAACAACAAAUGAUUUUACAACAAAGAAUGUUUCAGCAACAACAGCAGAUACAACAACAACAACAACAACAGCAACAGCAGCAGCAGCAAAUGAUGCAACAACAACAGCAACAACAACAACAACCGAUUAAUAAUUUUGGUCCUCGUCAACAACAAAGUGGUGUUCCAAAUAAUCUUUCUGCAAUAUCUGCUAAUCAAAUGAGACCACCUGGAAGUAAUAAUUUUCAAUCAAAUAUGUCACCAAGUAAUGAACAAUUACAAUCACAAGCAAGAUUACAACAAUUGAAAUUUCAAUUCCAACAACAACAACAACAACAACAACAACAACAGCAACAGCAAAGACAAAAGAAAUUUCAACGUCAAUUACUGACACUGUCUCAAAGACUGCCUAUUAUUAAUAAUGGACAACCACAAUCACAACCACUACAACAACAACAACAACAAGUCCAACAACAAGUCCAACAACGACAAGAUCAACGACCUGCACUGGCACCACAAACUCAACCUACUUCAGGAAAUAACAAUACUAGUGGUGGUGGUGGUGGUGUAUCACCAAAAUUACAUAGACAAUCAGUUGAUGAUUAUCAAAUGAAUUUAUUACAAAUGGAAAAUCAAAAUAAUUUACAAAGACAAAAAUAUUUAAAUAAUCAAUCACAACAGCAACUGCAACAGCAACAGCAACUGCAGCAACAACUGUCACUGCAAAAACUGCUGCCAUUUCAACCACCUGCUCAACAACCUAAAAAUGUUACCACAACCAACACCACUACCACCACCACCAAUCGAGGACAAAAGUCAACAAGAAAACAACAGCAAAAGAAUUCAAGACGUCAAUCUACUCAACAACAACACCAACACCAACAACAGAGUCAACAACAAUUAUCAUCUUCUCAAUCUUUCACUACUUCUAAUAAUUCAUUUGAUGUUUCACCUCAAAUUCAAAAUCAAGGAAUGUUAUCUACCAAAGAUCAACAACAUCAUCAACAUCAUCAACAACAACAACCACAACAACAACAAUCUCUACCUUUGAACAAUAAUAAUCAUAAUAAUAAUAAACAAGAUGUUGUUAAUGGAGUAUUUGAUGAUGCAUUUUUCCUGGGUAAUUUAUUAUUAGAUGAUUUUAAUGAAUUUGCCAAUAGUAAUAUGGAUGAUAAUAAUAAUAAUUCUAUUAAUAAUUCUACUACUAUUACUACUACUAAUAAUAAUAAUAAUAAUUUACAAUUUAAUACUAUAUCAUCGGAAAGAAUGUUGUUUACUAUGCCACCAAAUCAAAAUCAAUUUCUGCAACAACCAGGAGGAGGAGGAGGAAUGCUGCAACCUAAUUUUUUCGAAGGUAUUGAAUUAAGUGAUGGAAAUUCCGGUAAUGGAAAUAAUGGAAAUAAUGAUAAUAAUGGAAACAAUGGUAACAAUGUUAACAAUGGUGAUCAUAAUGAUCAUAAUGAUCAUAAUGAUAAUGAUGAUGAUGAUGAUGAUGAUGCACCGAUAAUUACUACUGAUUGGUUAAGUCUGAUGGGAUCAGGACCAGGUUAUGAAUAA